AUGGGGGUCGGUGGGUGCUUAGCCCUGCCCUGGAGGUGCCUAGUCGUCCUCUGUCUCAGGCUGCUCUUCCUUGUGCCCGCAGGAGUGCCCGUGCGCAGCGGAGAUGCCACCUUCCCCAAAGCCAUGGACAACGUGACUGUGCGGCAAGGGGAGAGUGCCACGCUCAGGUGCUCCGUGGACAACCGAGUCACUCGAGUGGCCUGGCUGAACCGCAGCAGCAUCCUCUAUGCUGGCAACGAUAAGUGGUGCUUGGACCCUCGGGUGGUGCUUUUGGCCAACACCAAAACCCAGUACAGCAUCCAGAUCCAAGAUGUGGACGUGUACGAUGAGGGUCCCUACACCUGCUCCGUGCAGACAGACAAUCACCCCAAGACAUCGCGCGUCCAUCUCAUCGUGCAAGUGUCCCCGAAAAUCACCGAGAUCUCUUCCGACAUCUCCAUCAACGAGGGCGGCAACGUCAGCCUCACCUGCAUAGCCACGGGCAGGCCAGACCCAACAAUCACCUGGAGACACAUCUCACCCAAAGCCGUGGGCUUCAUCAGCGAGGACGAGUACCUGGAGAUCACGGGCAUCACGCGGGAGCAGUCGGGCGAGUACGAGUGCAGCGCUUCCAACGACGUGGCGGCACCCGUCGUGCAGCGAGUCAAAGUCACCGUCAACUACCCCCCGUACAUCUCGGACGCGAAGAGCACCGGGGUGCCGGUGGGGCAGAAGGGCAUCCUGCUCUGUGAAGCCUCUGCUGUGCCCUCUGCCGACUUCCAGUGGUACAAAGACGACAAAAGGCUGGCUGAAGGACAGAAAGGCCUGAAGGUGGAGAACAAAGCCUUCUUCUCCAGACUGACUUUCUUCAACGUCUCCGAGCAGGACUACGGCAACUACACCUGCGUAGCUUCCAACCAGCUAGGCAACACCAACGCCAGCAUGAUCCUCUACGAAGAGACAACUACAGCUCUGACACCCUGGAAAGGCCCCGGCGCGGUGCACGACGGCAACAACGGCGCGUGGCGGCGAGCAGCCUGCCCGUGGCUGCUGGCCCUCCCGUUCGCCCAGCUCGCCCGCCUCUUUUGA